AUGGCUGCCUCUCGAAGACUAACUAAGGAGCUGCAAGACAUUAGGAAUCUGAAUUUGAAGGUUUUUCGUGAUAUUCACGUAGACGAAUCGAACAUCCUCGUCUGGUCUGGACUAGUGGUUCCUGAAAAUGUCCCAUACAACAAAGGAGCAUUUCGCGUCAGAAUAGAUUUUCCAGCUGAGUACCCAUUCAAACCACCGAAGAUAACCUUCCAGACAAAAAUUUACCAUCCAAACAUUGAUGAGAAGGGCCAAGUAUGUCUGCCAAUCAUCUCCUCUGAGAAUUGGAAACCGGCCACUCGCACUGAUCAGGUAAUUCAAGCCCUAACUGCCCUCGUGAACGAGCCCGAACCGGAACAUCCUCUGAGGGCAGACCUGGCCGAGGAGUACACCAAAGAUAAGAAAAAAUUUCUUAAAAAUGCUGAAGAACAUACGAAGAAAUAUGCAGAGAGGAGGCCAUCUGAUUGAAUUCAAUUUAAGGAAAUAGCUGUUUAUUUUGUUAUUCAAUUAUAUUUUUUUUAAUUAUGUUUCAUUAUAUUAUUUCAUUAUAUUUAUUCAGAAUUUUUUAUAUUAUUAAUAUUAAAUUGGACUAGUUUUUUACAUUUUCAAAUGUUUCGUAACGGGUUUUUUUUUUGCAUAUUACCAUAUCCAAUGUUUUUGGUAGUAAGCCUGACUUUAUUAUUAUUAAUAUAAUUAUUAAUUAUUAUUAUAAUUAUUAUUAUUAUUACUGCUUAGGCAAUAAUAAUACUAUUUUUAUUAAUAAUAAUAUUAGUAUUUUACUUGUGAUUGCCUACUGAUUUAACUUGGCUAUCAAUUUGGCAUUUGAUGCAAAUUUUUAUUAUUAUUAUUUAUAAUAAUAAUAAUAAUUGUUGUUAUUAUUAUUGACGUUUUUGAUAUUUUAAUAAUUAUAAUUAAUAUUAUUAAUUGUAAUAAAUAUUGUGGUCCCUUUUUUUGAGAGCCCUGUUGAGAAUGAAAGUCUUGGACAUUGUCUUGCUACUGUUCCAAGUUUUAUAUAUAUAAAUAUUAUUACUUGGUCGAUUUUCAGAUUAUUAUUAUUAAAAUAAUUAGUUAUAAUUAGUUAUUAUUUUUAUUAUUAAGCGUGCUUCGAUUCAUGUGAAAGGGUCGAAAUUUGUUUCAUGUGUUUUGCAUACUAUCUAUUGCGGUUUGUGACGGUUUUGAUUUAUGAAGUAUAUUUUUUUAUUAUUAUGGCCGUUGUUAUAAACAUUAUUAUUAUUAUUAUUUUGUUUAGAUUUCAGAAGUGUGAAUGCUUCUUAUACAGAAAGUUUCAAGCAGAAAGAUGUUUUUCCCUCUAUGCUCUUUCCAUCUUUACUGAUUUAGUUCUAAUCAAAAAAUAUCCAAUGAUGAAAAGCUGAAGUGUAAUAGAAAAUAUACUGGAACGAUC